ACAGUCAGUAAGUGCCACAUGCCUCUAUAGACUGAGAUCAGCAGCGUGUUGCUCUUGAACACAGCCUGCUCGGCGUUUUCAGUGUUUUUGCAGCGUUCAGAGCUGAACGACUUCGCUAUUUAUUUCAUCGGUGCAUCUCGAAGAACAUCAAGUCGGAGACUGACACACCAGAAUACAUCAAUGCAAUGCUGCUUCUCAGACGCUGCCACAGCCUGACUCGAUUUGGCCCUCUCAACACUCAAAGGCAUCAGGUGACGCCUGCUGUGGCAUCGUGUGCAGCUCGUCUCUGCAGCAGCAGCAGCAGCAGCAGUGAGGACCACAGAUCGCACCAGCGAGUCCACAGUCUCAGCUGGAAACAUGCUCUGGCAGGACUGCUGGCUGGUACAGGAGCUGUACUGGCUUACGGCCUGCACCACCAGCACAAGGCUGAGCGCGCAGACACUGGAGUUCAGACUUUAAAGAAGAGUUCCUCUCUUCCCAUCUUCAGCCAAGAAGAAGUCACAAAGCACCGCUCGCUGGAAGAUGGCAUCUGGGUCACGUACAAAGGUGGCGUCUAUGACAUCACUGAGUUUGUGGCCAUGCACCCUGGUGGAGAUAAAAUCAUGCUGGCAGCAGGUGGUGCUCUUGAGCCCUUUUGGGCGCUUUAUGCUGUGCACAACCAGGAACACGUGCUGGAAAUCCUCUCAGAUUACAAGGUUGGCGAGCUGAAUCUAGAAGACCUGAAGAAGCAGCAGGCUGUUAAAUCGUCUGACCCCUACUCCUCUGACCCCGAGCGUCACCCUGUCCUACACAUCAACAGCCUGAAGCCCUUCAACGCCGAGCCGCCUCCUGAAAUCCUCUCUGACAGCUACAUCACACCCUCUGCUUUCUUCUUCAAAAGAAACCACCUGCCAGUUCCCCAGGUGGACCCGGCCUCAUAUCAGCUGCAUGUGGAGGGUCUGCCUGGAGGAGCGCUGACGCUGUCUUUAGAAGACUUGAAGACGCGAUUCCCCAAACACACCAUCACCGCCACACUGCAGUGUGCAGGUAACCGCCGCAGCGAGAUGAAUAAAGUGAAGCUGGUGAAAGGACUGAACUGGGGCAUCGCUGCCAUCAGUAACGCCACAUGGAGCGGCGCUCGGCUCAGGGAUGUGCUGCUGGCCGCUGGUUACCAGCCAGAUGUGGCCCAGUGGGCUCGCCAUGUUCAGUUUGAAGGACUGGAUACAGAUGUGACAGGGACUACGUACGGCGCUUCAGUCCCUCUAAACAAGGCGGUCAGCGAGGAAGGGGAUGUGCUUCUGGCGUACGAAAUGAACGGCGAGGACAUUCCUCCCGACCACGGCUUCCCUGUGCGGGUGGUGGUACCAGGAACGGUGGGCGCACGCAACGUGAAGUGGCUGGGUAAGAUCAUCGUCAGUGCAGAGGAGAGCAGCAGCCACUGGCAGCAGAACGACUACAAAGGUUUCUCUCCUGGGACGGACUGGGACACGGUGGACUUCAAAUCUGCUCCGGCCAUCCAGGAGCUGCCCAUCCAGUCUGCCAUCACCACGCCGGCAGACAGCGCCACGAUCGAUCGCAGCGAUGGAACGCUGACGGUCAAGGGCUACGCGUGGAGCGGCGGCGGCAGGGAGGUGGUGCGUGUGGACGUUUCUCUGGAUGGAGGAAAGACGUGGCAGGCGGCCCAGCUGAGGAGCGGUGAGAAGGGACAAGCUCCCGAACCUUCACCUCCACCGGGACGAGCCUGGGCCUGGAAGCUGUGGGAGAUAACGGCUCCUCUUCCUCCCGACGCUCAAGAGCUGGAGAUUGUUUGCAAGGCGGUUGACAACAGUUACAACAUGCAGCCGGACACAGUUUCUCCUAUCUGGAAUCUGAGGGGCGUUCUGAGUAACGCCUGGCACCGAGUGAAGGUGAAGAUCAGGAAAGAUGAGGAAGAGGAGUAGACUCAGUGGUUGAAUCCACUUUUAGAGGUUUGACAUCUAACAGAAUCAUCAUAGAGCGGACUAUAUUUUAAGUGUGUUUCUUUGACUCAGCAUAAAAAAACCACAGGAAACAGGAAGUGAAACAGUUUUAUAGAGACAGACAGCACAAUAUUUUGAAAUAUUUUUGACACACAGCCUUGAAGUAUUUAUACAAUCAUGUUGCCUGUGAGAUUUGAAAGAUGUGCAGUUUACACUUAGGAGAAAACUAAAAAGGCUGCAAAGAUCAAACCAAAACAUUUCUGUUGUGAAAACACAGUUAAGUCUGAGUCUUUAUGGCAAACAUUUAUUUUUGUAAUCAGUAUCAGCAUUCAUGAUGCUAACGAUGAGUAUGUUUUAAAAGAGUUUAAUUCAUUUUAUUAUUAACAUAAAAACAUAAUUUAUAAAACUGAUUUUAUAUAGUUAUUUUCAGUCUCAUGCAAAUUUAAAGGAGUGAUCACUUUAGCAACAAGUUAUUUUUAAUCAAGAGUGAACUGAGUGUUCACGUCACCAAACAGCUGGAUGCUGACAAGUAGGAUCAAGCUUGAAUAUUUAGAACAUAGAAGUGUUUCUUCAUCUGCUGCUAUGCCUUUGCUGAUCAGUUACCUCUGCAGGUGAGGUGCUAUUUAAAUGGCUUUUAAUGAAGAAUUUUCACUCAAUUGAAGAAAAUUCAGCAGCACCAACUGUCAGUGGAUCUGUCUUCCACUGUUUCAGAGGUGAGAUGAAGUACAAGACCACAAAAUGAAGAUGUAGCUGAAGUCCAGCUUGACCUGUUUUGUCUCUGUGCUCUGGCAUUCAGUGUAAGGAGAGACCAGAAAGAAGCGGGCGUUUCGAGGAAAAUGGCAGGAGCUAACUGUUGAUGCCUUUCAGGGAGAGAGGGCAGGAAAACAACAGCAGCACAAGUUUUAACCUCAUUAUUCAGCUUUUUAGGAAUUAGUUUGCACAGUAGUGACUGCACAGCUUUUCCAAAAGGAAGUCUGCUUUCAGGGUCAAGGAAAUAUGCAGUCAGACCACCGUUAAAUCAUUCAAGUCAUAUUUGCAAUUCCUGUCAUGUCAGCCAGCCCUGUGAUGUGCACAUGGAUUACACAACUUACUUUGAGUGUUUGAGUACUGUAUGUACAUCAGAGUUGAUGAUGAAUAAAGGCCUCUAAUUUUA